CUGGCUGACUGGCUGACUGGCUGACUGGCUGACUGAGAGAGAGAACAAUCCUUUGUGUUUCUGUUGCUUUUUUUAACCUUUCCUUCUUCACUCUCUCUCUCUCUCUCUCUCUCUACGCUCUACUCCCCCUCUCUCUCUCUCCUUCUCUCUCUCCCUUCCUCCCCCGUCCCUGGUGUGUGUGUGUGUGUACGUGUGUGUGUGGACCUCAGGAAAACAGACGCUCAUGUGAGAGUCAGGAGCAGCAGCAGUGACUGGUGAGAGGAGAGAAGACAGGAUCAGAGAGGAGAAGAGAGAAGACAGGAUCAGAGAGGAGAAGAGAGAAGACAGGAUCAGAGAGGAGAAGAGAGAAGACAGGAUCAGAGAGGAGAAGAGAGAAGACAGGAUCAGAGAGGAGAAGAAAAGGAAUAGAAAAAAGAGAGGACAGCAACGGAGAGGAGACGAAGAGCUGAGGAACACAAUAAAGAGGAGGAGGAGGAGGAGAGGAAAAGGAGGGAUCCUCCGCACCGUUCCGUUCAGAGCGAGGUCAGACAUGUGAGACGAUGUCGGUAGGCGGCUGCGCGUGUCCCGGCUGUUCCUCCAAGUCAUUCAAGCUGUACUCUCCAAAGGAGCCCCCCAACGGUAGCUCCUUUCCCCCGUUCCACCCCGGCACCAUGCUGGACAGAGACCUGGGCCCAACCCCCAUGUACCCCCCCUCAUACCUGGAGCCUGGAAUAGGGAGACACACACCGUACGGGAACCAGACAGACUACAGGAUAUUUGAGCUCAACAAACGGCUACAGAACUGGACAGAGGAAUGUGAUAAUCUGUGGUGGGAUGCGUUCACUACAGAGUUCUUUGAGGACGAUGCCAUGUUGACCAUAACCUUCUGUCUGGAGGACGGGCCCAAGAGAUACAUCUCCUCCUCCUCCUCCGCAGCGAUUGGCCGGACGUUGAUCCCGCGGUACUUCCGGAGUAUAUUCGAGGGGGGCGCCACCGAUCUUUACUACGUGUUGAAGCACCCCAAAGAGUCCUUCCACAACAACUUUGUCUCGCUGGACUGUGACCAGUGUACCAUGGUUACGCAGAACGGAAAACCCAUGUUCACACAGGUGUGUGUGGAGGGUCGUCUGUACCUGGAGUUCAUGUUUGACGACAUGAUGAGGAUCAAGACGUGGCACUUCAGCAUCCGACAGCACCGUGAACUGAUACCACGCAGUAUACUGGCCAUGCACGCCCAGGACCCCCAGAUGUUAGACCAGCUGUCUAAGAACAUCACCAGAUGUGGACUGUCUAACUCCACCCUCAACUACCUCCGACUGUGUGUGAUUCUAGAGCCCAUGCAGGAGCUGAUGUCCAGACACAAGACCUACAGCCUCAGCCCCAGGGACUGUCUCAAGACCUGCCUCUUUCAGAAGUGGCAACGCAUGGUGGCCCCGCCAGCUGAACCAGCCAGACAGGCCCCUAAUAAGAGGAGGAAGCGUAAGAUGUCAGGCGGCAGCACCAUGAGUGCCGGAGGAGGAACCACCACCAACAACAAGAAGAAGAGUCCAGCUAGCAGCUUCCCCCUGUCCAGCCAAGUACCAGACGUGAUGGUGGUGGGAGAGCCCACCCUGAUGGGAGGGGAGUUUGGGGACGAGGACGAGCGCCUGAUCACGCGGCUGGAGAACCAACAGUUCGACGCGGCCAACGGCAUCGAUGACGAGGACAGCUUCAACAACAGCCCCGCGCUUGGCGCCAACUCUCCCUGGAACAACAAGGCCCCAUCCAGCCAGGAGAGCAAGAGUGACAACCCUACGUCUCAGGCCUCACAGUAGAGGAGGGGAGGGGCUUCCAUAGUCUUAAAGGGGUUUCCUCUCCUUGUGGGUGUGUGUCAAUUGUCUGUAGUGGCUUCCUGACUGUUCUUAUCUUUUUCUCUUAAAGGGGCAAUCCGCAGUUGAAAAAAUAACAAAGCGCCACCCCUACCUCUUGUUUUAGUAAAAAGCUGAGGGAUGGGAACCACUCUAAAAUUCAUAGACAGCUAUGGGUACAAGGACUGACCAUCCAAGAUAUAAAAAAUAAAUAUCGUUUUAAUCAUGCUUUGAGGCUAUACAGUUUUUCAUUACAUUUACAAUGGUUACAGAGUAAAACAAGUUUAUAUUGUGGGUUGUGGUGGGGUACGUCAGUUGAAUGAAGCUCCUGAGACAUUUCUAGGUUAUAUUCCUCAAGAAUCAACUGGUACAUAUCAUUUAUUUACAAGUCCAAAAUAUGGAUGGAGUGACUGCGGAUUGCCCCUUUUGGAACAUGGAUUUUAUCUAGGCCUGUGGAGUAGAAGGAGGAUCUCACUGGUUGAUCGAGGUUUCCUUUCCUUGUCUACCUUCCUACAUCAGUUCUGAUGUGAGAGCUUGGUAGGUGAAAGGAAACGACUGAGAAGCUGUUUCUUAUAUGGGCCUCCUCCAUACCUGGCUCUCCUAGCUGGUCUUAUAAGGAGAGACCUGAGGAGAGGGAAGGCGCUUGGGACAGUUGAGAUGCACCCAGGUAGGGGUGCAGGAAGGGGGGUGGGGUAGGGAGAGGGUGGUUGAGUGGGGGAGGGGGACCCGAGGAGUCGCUUAUGGACGAUUACUCACACAUCUACCUUCAGAAGAAUCAUGGUCACUAGAUAUGGAGUCUUAACUCUGGUCCACUCUGCUGCUGCACGUGUGUGUGUGUGUGUGUGUGUGUGUGUGUGUGUGUGUGUGUGUGUGUGUGUGUGUGUGUGUGUGUGUGUGUGUGUGUGUGUGUGUGUGUGUGUGUGUGUGUGUGUGUGUGUGGCUGGCUGUACUUGGUCAGAACAAAAGCCUGGACUGUGCCAAAGCUAGCGGACCGGAGUUGAGAUCCAAUCAGUUUAAAAUGCUUUCACACAGACACACACACACACCAUUGAAGGAGUACUGAUCCGACCUUUUAACAGAUAACAGAAAGCAUUUAAACAACAACAACAUUUUAGAGUUUUAUACCAGUCUCUAUUUCCCUAGAACGUUUUUAUUUUGUUUUCUACUCCUGCAUUUCAAAUCUACUUUUUAUUUGUUCUUUUUUACCGACGAUAUUGAGAAGCUAACAGACCAAGGAGCCAGAAAACAGGACUGCUUUUAUUCUACCCCUUCCCCCCUGAAAAAAUAUAUUUGGUUUGUUUUAAUAUCUUUUAUGUUUUAAAGAGAAAUAAUUGUGGAUGUUUUUUGAGAUUGAUUUUCUCCUUGUUUUUAGUGUAUUUGUGCUUGUAUAUUUAAGGUAGUAGCAAAGUUCUGUACGACUGUAUUCUGACUUAGAGGUUCCUGAAGCCAUUCUGAUCUAAUGGAAAGAAACGAAAUAAAAAAGAAAUGGACAAAAAGAAGAAAAAAACA